CUCUGCGGUUGUUGCUAAGGGGGUCUUUUCCCCCCACCCAUCCCAAUCAGGCUUCUGGGGGUGGUGGUGGUCCACGAGGCUGAUAGCCCCCCACCUCUUCUACUCUUCGCCCUGGGUGCCCGCUUGGUGCCCACCCAUCGGCUGCUGGAGAUGCUGUGAACGUGGCUUUCCUUGUUUCUUCUUUUUUUUUUUCUUCCCCCACUCCUUUUGGAAACUCCCACGGGAAGAGUUGCUUCGCCCACGCGCCCCCUCCCCAUCCCUGCGCUGGGAGGGGGGCAGGAAGAACUGUGCCCCCCCACUUCCACCCCCACCCGGCGCACUGGAGGAUUUGAGGCUUCCCUUGCUCCGUUUGAUGCCAGGCCAGAUGCGGCGGGUGCUUUGGCUGGUGCUGUUCCUCGCCAACUCUAAGGAAAUGCUCGCCCAAGGCAGAAAGAAGAAACCAGUGAGUGCCGCCAUGUUUGAGAACUGCACGGGCUGCGUUAUGUGCUCCGAAGACAACGGCUGCGUCUCCUGCCAGCAGCGCCUCUUCCUCCUCAUCUGGAGGGACGGGAUCCGACAGUACGGGGCCUGCGUCCACGCCUGCCCCCUGGGCUACUACGGGCAGCGAAGCAUGGAAGUCAACCGAUGCAUGAAAUGCCGGUCGCCCAGCUGCGAGAGCUGUUUCAGCAAAGACUUUUGCAUGAAAUGCCAGGAGCGCUUCUACCUGCACAAGGGGAAAUGCUUAAACACCUGUCCUCCCGACACCAUGGCCUGGCAGAGCAGCCGGGAAUGCCAAGAAAACUGCGAGGCAGCCCCCUGGAGCAAUUGGAGCCCCUGCACCAACCAAGGACGGAUGUGUGGGCGCAAGUGGGGCUCAGAGAUCCGAGUUCGGGAGACACUCCGGAGCGGGAAGGACGAGGCGGCCCUUUGUCCAGUGCUGUCCGAGUCCCGGAAUUGUCGGCUGAAGAGACAUUGUCCCGGAGAAAAGAAUGAAAACAUGAGGAGGAACAAGAAGGAAAGGCAGGAGAGGAGGAGGAAGAAACUAAUAGAUGCCUUCAAGGUCGCUUAAUGAGCUUCAGAGCGAGGGGGUUUGUCCUGGAGGUGGUCAUCAGCACCCAAUGAAGUCCAUCAAGGAGCUCCAUCACUGGCCAAAUUAAAAAAAAUUAGGAUGGUUUCUAUCUUUUUCUUUCUGCCUUUCAAGGUUCCUGCUCUUCAGUUCCUGGGUUCUCCUUCGAGCUUCUCCACCAUGACAGUUCGUGGUGCCUCUUGACCUUCUCUCCAGCAUAUUGGACAACAGAAGAUGGAAGAUAGAUUCCCAUGCUCCAUCUUUCCAGAUCGAUGUCUGAAGCAUCAUCUCCCUACCUUUCAUGAUCCAUCCACCUCUCCAUCUCAGCACCUUUGACUUUAUGAAAGCCACCACAUCACCACAGGAGGAGCCACCAAGGAACCCAAAUAAAGAAGGGACUAACUCUUGUUCUUUGACCUGCUAUGGAAGAGGGGGAAUGAUGGACCAUCCAGAAGAGCUGAGGACCACACAGAGAGUCCUAUCUAAAGACCUCAAGAGAUGGAGCUCUGGAAGGAAAUGCAAGAUCUCAUCUAGCUUUCUUCCGGUUCUUCCUCCACCUUCCCCUUAGAAGGGUUUUCCUGAAAACACUUUCUCAGUGUUAUUCAUCCUAGGGACGGAAUCAAUUGUCCAACAAACAUGAGUUUAAGAGAAAGGAAGAACCAAACUGGAUGUUGUCCCCAUUUUUUUCUCACUCAAGAAGUUGAGACGAUUGAGGUCAUGGGCAACCAACCUAUUACUUCUCCAUGGAGAAGACAGACCAUGUUUUCUUCCCAAGAUAGAAGCAAAGCGAACGGUGGCACCGUCUCUAGAGGCAAACUAGGACGUCAGAGAAGGUCAACCAAGCAGGGAAAAUUUUCAGAAAUGGGUUCCCUGUUGAACAAAACUGAUUACUGGGGAUUGGGACGGACUUAUUUUAAUUGACAAAUUCACGGGACCAGCUUAGAAAAAAGAUCCAGGAUUUAAUACUACGGCGUCCUCUUAUCAGCUCCUGAAAAUAAGCAGAACCUUUCAUUUUCUACGAAUCUCCCAGCUACAACUUUCUGACUUCAACUGGAUCAUCUGCCAAUCCUCGUAGGCCAAACGAGUUGAUCCUUUUCUGCUUUCUGGACGCGCUGAGUUCCCAUCGCCAGAUCUUGUCCGCGUUUCCUCCAGCAAAAGUUGAAAUUGGCCACAGCGAGGAUGGGACAUCCUGACCCAACCUUAAAAUGAAGAAUAACACGCUUGGAGCAAAUUAGGAUGCCAUCAGCUCAAACUAACUAUAACAAUCAGUUUUACAAGCCAUCGUAGGUUCUCGGAGGCUAAAACAUAUGAAGAACGGUUGCAGGAACUGGUUACGGCAAAUCUAGAGAAAAGAAGGAUUAGGGGAGACAUGAUAGCAGUAUUUCAGUAUUUGAGGGGCUGCCCCAAAGAGGAGGGAGGGGGAUCAAAUUAUUUUCCAAAGUACCUGAAGGUAGGAGAAGAAGCAACGGAUGGAAACUGAUCAAGGAGAAAAGCAACCUAGAACUAAGGAGAAACUUCCUAACAGUGAGGACAAUCAACCCGUGGAACUGCUUGCCACCAGAUGUUGUGGGUGCUCAAUUACUGGAGGGUUUUCAGAAGAGAUUGGACAACCACUUGUCUGAAAUGGUUGAACAGGGGGUUGGACUAGAAGACCUCCAAGGCCCCUUCCAGCUUUGUCAUUCUGUAGUUCUGUCUCUCAAGUGUACAACUUUCUCCAGCCGUUUGCAUGGAUAUAUUUGUGCACUGCUUCCAAUAUGUUGGUGUAAGAAAUACCAGAACAAAAAGAGGAAAAGUUGGGGUUUUUUGUUUGUUUGUUCAUCAAAGGAUUCAAAUAUGACAUUUGUAUUUAAGUUUUCAGAGCAGGGUGGAUAAAAAUCAAUGAUUUUUUUUAAAAAAAUCAAAAAAAUCAGAUUUUUUUUUUAUUUAAAUCGGAUUUUUUUUAUUUUUAUCAAAUUUAUUUUAAUAAAAAACUUUUGGGGUAAAAAUUUAUCGUAAAAUAGUUUUCUGUUUAAGAUACAUAAAUAAUUUAGUUUAUUCAGCAUGAAAUGGAGCUUAGUUAUGGAGCAGGAGGCUGUAUAUUCUGCAACACUGGGACUAUCGGUGAGUCAACAGUGGGUCGAAGGAGUAGCAGAGAUGACAGUUGCUCUUUAAAAAUUAUGAUUUAAAUCGAGCUGAUUUAAAUCAAGCCUUUUUACUAGUGAUUUAAAUCAUGAUUUAAAUCGUGAUUUAAAUCAACUCGAUUUAAAUCAAAUCCACCCUGUUUCAGAGUCCUAAUCUUUACUGCUCCAAAAUUCGUUUUUUAAAUGAACCCAUGGCUGUGAGAGUUACCUAGCUAAUUCUCGACUUACAAUCAUGAGUUUCCUGACCAUUGGAAGUGACAACGGCAACGGAGAAAGUCUCUUACGACUGGUCCUCGCACUUACGACCAUCCCGCAUCCUCAGCAUCACACAAUCACAGUCACUUGGCAAAACGGCACGUAUUAAUCAGGGCUGCCGUGUCACAUGAUCCCCAUUUGUGAACUUCCCGCCGGCUUUCGACAAGCGAAGUCAACGGGAAAGCCAGGUUCACUUAAGGACCGCACGAUCCGCUUAACAACCGUGGCAGAAAAAGAUUGUAAAAUCCAGCAUGAAUGACUUAAAACAACCCACCUUGCUUAGCGAUGGAAAUUCUGCUCCCCGUUUUGGUCGUAAAUCAAGGACUGCCCGUCUACAGUUGGAAUAAUGCUUGUUGGGUAUAAUUCUUGAAGAAUUUCCUUUCAAAUUAUUCUCACUGAAAUAAUUGUACUGAUAGGGUAUGUCUGCAGGAAAAUUUACUCCUGAGUAAACAUGCACUGUAAAUCUACAUUCCCCCCCCCACCUUCAAGCUGCAGAUUUCAAUAGGUUUCUGUAUUUUGGGAUGAAAGAGAGAGUGGCACGUUCUUAUUUCUAUAAAUAAAUAGAUUUUAUAUAUAUAUAUAUAUAUAUUAUAGAGAAUUUAUUUGUAGAACGGCAACGUAUUUAAAGAAAAUCCUUCAUAUCUUUUUAAAAUAUAUAUAUUUGGGGGGGGAUUUUCAUUAAAACGAAGUGUUGUAAAUAGCUUUUGUUUGGGGUCUUAGACCACAUCGAAUCUUUUAUUCUGUUUUGAUUUUUAGCGGGAAAAUUAGCCAUUUAAUUAAUGGCCACAGGGAGGCGCCAAAGAGUCGACAAGCACAUUUUGCAAUCAAAAUCUUGCAUUUUGUCUUUAAAAUCCGACCUUCCCAAAUCCGCCCUUCCUGCAGAUAGAUUGGGAUCAUCACAGAACCCAUCCUCCCCAGCCAGUACAAGAACGACACCCUCCAGUGAUCCCCAGCUGAAUUAGAAGGUGCGAAGGCCAGGCAGGAAGGAGUAAAACGUUGUGUAUUUUUGUGUGUUUGUGUGUGUGUGUGUACUCCGUUGGAAAGCAGGGUAACCGUUGGGUUUGUUCAGUAUUCAAUAAAGACAUCUGUUUAAAAACCUCA